GGCUGACUUUGCCAAGCUGAGUGGCGGCCUCUAUCGCGUGUUCCGUGAAAUCUUUUCUCUUUGUAAACCUGCCCUCCUCUGUUUCCCCUUGAAAGAGAUGAGCGACAACAACCAAAAGGCUUCCCUUUCCGCUCAGGCUCACUCACACACAGCGCGAAUCUCCAUUUUCGCCCAGCGCUCUCUCCUCUCUCCGCCGUUAUCCGGUACCCCUGGACUGCGUGCUCAGGAGUAAAAGCAAACAAACACAGGCCGCACAGGGGAGCGGCGACCGUUGUAUUUUCUGUUGUGGCCGCUUCGAUUGCAGACACCCUCAUUUUUCCAUCCUAGCCUUAUCAGCCGACUCCUUUUCUUCCCUGCCGUGUCAUCCUAUAACCACCAAAACUUAAAGUCAUCCACCGCGAUUAGGCAACAAACCUUCUAUUUUCCUACUUCAAACACCCAGUUAUACCUGGUAAAAUUGUGGCUCAGAGAGAAAAUCUCAUAGCUUGCCACCGAAUCUCAUUUCUUGUGUCUUAUGCAUCCUGUGGUGACGCGGGUUUAAGUUGUAACUGCCUAGGACGCUGUUAUCCAUAGGGACUAACAGUGUUAUUUCUGGCAUCGUAUUGUAAGAAGAAUGAAAAAUUGAUUUCUCUUUGUCUGACAGUAGACAAAAAAAAAACUCUCGUUGAGUCAGUGGUGAUCGUGAGCAGAAAUUUUUGAUACAGUUUCUUUGACGAAAGUCCACCACGGCCAUUUCCGGCACUGUCGCACGGUGGGCUGCAGAUCGAUCAUACGGUUUCCAGUUGCAUUUGCAUAAACGCACACACCACCUGUAAACAGGGGGCCUAUAUUCAAAAAAAAAAGGUCAAUAAAGAAAACAACCAACCGACCAAUUUUAAAAGAUUUACACACAAGUGGCAAAGCCGGCAAAAUGGCCAAAUCUAUAGUAUUAACAACGCUUUCAGUAUUUAUGGGCUUAUUCUUUGUAUUCGUCGGCUCAAUGAAGAUCACCCCUAACAUCAACCGAGAAAUGCAUCGGGAAAUCAGGCGAAAUUUUGUACAAUACGCAAAGGUUUUCCCGUCAGCGGUAUUAUUCGCAUUGAAGAUCAGUCCGAAAUGGCUUCGUCUCAUUGUUGGAUGGGUCGAAGUCUGCUGUGGAACUACACUCCUGCUUAUUCCUGGCCACGUCAAACAACUGGUCAACUUGAUACUUCUCGUGCUGUGCUUGGGUGCCGUGUACACGCAUGCAAUGCUUAAAGAUCCGUUCGAGCGUAUGGCUCCUGCUCUCUUCUUCACGCUUUUACUCGGAUGCCGGCUUGUCGUCUUCUACCAGGUUCGCAAGCGUGAGCUUAAAGCUGCGGAAAAGCUGAUGGAACGCCACAGGCAAGAGGAUGAUCUUCGUCAGAAGCAGGACGUGCUUCGACGAAUGCAAGAAGGUCCAUGGACGCAGGCCGGUGUACAGCCGGGGCACGGAGGCGCACAAGGACCGGGAACAUCAGCAGAUGGUACCGUUCCUAAAGAUGUAGCUCCGAGGGACUCGAAAAAGAACAAAAAAAAGGGCAAGAAAGAAGAUUAGAUGACGACUAUAUAGCGAUUACGUUCCGGUGCUAGGUAAUGAUUAAAAUUACUUUAUAAAUUUUACCAUGUGCAUGGGGCCUACAAUGCAGAUACAUCUGAUAAGAUUCUAUAAGUAAGAAUGGAAAACUUCAUUGAUCGAUACGUAUUAUUCGCCUCUUUUUUCCCAUAAUAUAGCAGGACGAACGUGAGUCGAUAUGAAGAUGUUUCAAGCCUAGUGGAAAAGGCCAUGAUGAAAUGCAAUAAAAUAAUUAUAUUCGAAAAAUAGAGCAGAUCCCAAUAGCAGAAUCAUGUGGAGCUGCAUUGUCCUGUAAUACCGCGCUCGUGCACAGGUAUCAGUUCCUUAUUACGGAGUGCGCAGUUUAUUUUCUAAAUGAAACAAAAUAGAUUCUUUACAUGCACCAAUAAAGAUAAAUAUUCUGCAAAUAAUUUUCAAUUAAUAAUUAUCACCGUAUAUCUUUUACAAAUACGUAUACGUCACGUAGACAGCAAAACAACGUGAUUAACUAUGGCUAUUUUAAGAGACAAAUAUAGCUGUGUACAGAAGGAUGAAAAAUCAACAUACAGUUGAGUAGAGGUCAGCCUUUGUGUUCUUUAUAUGAUUCCUGUUUUUAUUAUAUAUUUUGGCUGACUCUCGUAAGAUAGUUUUUUAGAGUCUUAUAUGGAAGGUACAACGCUUAUUCUGAACUAAUAUAGCAAGGAAAACAACAUAAAAAUCCUUAUUUAUUAAAGUGUUUCUUGAUCACCCUUCAUAUGCCAUUCUGUGAACAAAAAAAAUCAUUCUAAGCACAUUUUAUAAAUAAUCUGCGCGUAAACGUAAAUCGUAUCCAUCGCACAGUGUAUGCAAACCAUCUAAUAUCCACCCAACAUCUUCCUGUAGUAUCAACUAUAUGACGUAAUUACGAAGCCACCUAUUCGAGUACAUCGUUUUUUUGUAAUAAUACGAGUACAUAACAUGGCAAUAAAAACGUAUGGUGUGAAGGACCUCAA